AUGGAAACCUCUACUAUUACGCGGAGCCGACGAAGCUCCAUCGCAUACAGCUUCAAGAGUGGUCUCUCGCUUUGGCUGGUGGUCUGGAUGGUUCUGAUGAAGCCCACUCCUACUAAGGCCUGCCCUCAGCUGUGUGUGUGCUACCCGACCCCCAUGACCGUGAGCUGCCAAGCGCAAAACUUCACCACUGUCCCAACUGGCGUGCCCUACGACUCACAGCGCGUCUUUCUGCAGAACAACCGCAUUACUGAGCUGAGAGUGGGAAGCUUUGGCUUUGGAACUCAGGUCCUGUGGCUUUUCUCCAAUAACAUCACCUGGAUUGAGGCUGGUGCAUUCAGCGAGCUCCGUGACCUGGAGGAGCUGGACCUGGGUGACAACCCUCACCUGCGUCGUCUGGAGGGAGGAGCUUUCCGCGGGCUUGAGAAGCUUCAGAGCCUCCACAUGCACCGCUGUCGCCUCUCGGCCCUGCCCCAUGACAUCUUUCACAAGCUCUACAGCCUGCAGUUCCUGUACCUGCAGGAGAACCAGCUGCACUUCCUGCAAGACGACCUGUUCGCCGACCUCAUCAACCUGAGCCAGCUCUUCCUCCACGGCAACCGCAUCCGCACCCUGUCGGAGAACGUGUUCCGCGGCCUGGUCAACCUGGACAGGCUGCUCCUCCACGACAACCGCGUCAAGCAGGUCAACCGCCGGGCUUUCCGCGACUUGGGCCGCCUCACCAUGCUCUUCCUCUUCAACAACUCCCUGGCGGAGCUCCCCGGCCAGGCCAUGCGCGACAUCCAGGCCAUCCAGUUCCUCCGCCUCAACGGGAACCCCUGGAGCUGCGGUUGCGAGGCCAGGCCUCUCUGGGAGUUCUUCAGGGCCGCUCGCGUCUCCAGCUCCGAGCUCCUGUGCGCCUCCCCCUCCCCUCGUCGCGGAAUGGACCUGCGGUUCCUGCGUGAGAUGGACUUCGCCCUCUGCCCGCUCCCCGAUCCCGGUUCCCUGGCCGGCACCACCACCACCACCUUCAGCACCAAGACCCGCUGGUGGUUCUCCAAACACAAGCCCGUCAGCACCUCCAAGGGCAUCUUCGAGAAGAGUUCCGAGACGGUCAAGUCUUACCCUUUCUCCGCCGGCAAGCCCUCCGUCACGUCCACCUCCACCAAGUACGAGCUGGGUGAAGAAGAGGCUCUCCUGCCCAAGCUGGACCCCGAGGAGUACUGGGCCAACUACGGCAACGAAGACGCCGGCAUCACCUCUCUGCGCUGCUUCGAGCUGGAGUGCCCGCCCGACUUCGAUGCCUUGCCGCCUUCCUCCUCUUCCACACGCUUCACAUCAUCUUCUCUUCUUUCACUCCUCUCCCUAUCCCUUCUAACAGUGUCCAUCCAUUUCCUCUUCGGCUGA